AUGGCUUCUGGACCAGACCUUGCCGACCGUUCAAGGUUUGCCAAACUGGGAAUGGCAAUAAACGAAGAAUUGACCCAGGCCUGUAGAGAUGUCUUAGAAAUGGAGGUACCUCCUGGUCUUGUCUACAACAAAGUGAAAGCAUCAUCAAUUUAUAAGAAAAUGCGCCCCGAGCAAGAACUUUGUCUUAAAGGCGCCAAAACAGUUGGUUAUAAAGAAUUUGAUAUUACGUUGUUAUACACACUGAUACGAAACAUAUGUAAAACGAUUCCUCUUCCAACAAAUGGUUGGGGUGGAAACACGAUGCCGUCUGUAGGAGAAACAACGAUCGGUGAUGAUGUUGAAAGGAUCAGGUUGAUACGAAACACUAUGUUUGGACACAUAAGCUCGGCAUCUACCUCACAGACAGAAUUUGAUGACACAUGGCAAAUGAUAACUGAUAUCUGCCAAAGACUUCACACGUACACAAACAAAGACUAUUUGUCUGGACUAAGUAAAAUUCAAAGACUGGCCUUAGAAGAAGAACAUGAAAAGGCUAUAAUGGAAAAACUUAAAGCUAAUUAUGAAAAAAAUAUAGAUCUUAUGGAAAAGAUGUCGUCUUUGGAAUUUCAUUCGCAAGGUAUGAAUUCAAAAUCUGAAUCAUUGGAGAAAAAGAUUGUUUACCGUGUACAUAUAUAUGUUAACAAAGCGUGA